AUGGUUAGCACCUCCCCGUAUUGGCGCGUCAUACCGCAGCUAUGGAUUUGCGUCGUCGUAUUCCUCUUGCGUAGCCUUCCACCGUGCUACGCGCUUCGUAAAUCCUAUCCUUCGAGGCCAAUCGCGCCACAACUACAUGGAUUCCUAUCGUUUGAUCGGCUUUGGCGCUCUUUUGACCGGGCAAGGGUGGAGAGCUACGUACGGGAUGUGAACCUCCAGCUGCAGCAGCGCCCUGGCAUCGAGCGUCUGCUGAUUGUGCUAGAGCUGGGCGAACCGUUUUCGCGUCAUUGCCGAUCUGCGGAUGGCGAUCGCCUGCUUCUGACUAAUAGCGACAAGGUGUCGUUGCCAGAGAGCAUUUUAACGCAGCUGACUGAUGGUAACGCACCAGUGCCAUGGCAGUUUUUGAUACAGAAGGUGCACCGGUGCAAACUGUCAUCUAAAACUGAUGAACGAAGCGCCAAACUUCCUAGCACGAACAACGACUUCUUUUCUAAAGAGGACGGCCCCAAGGAACGCCUCGCCUGCUCAUCGCUCGAGUUUAGACCGCAGGAUAACUUCAUUUUCAUGCCGCGUUGGAUGAUGGAGAGCUUACAGCUACAGUGA